UGUCAGCUUCCUAAAGGCAGCGGUCGAUGUCCAGUCAGCGUCUCUGUCAUCUGGAGACAUUGAGACGUCUUGUGUGUACAGGAGCUCUGAAAGGCGGCGGGUAAACCAUGCCGAGCUGAUGCUGAAGUAACAGCAGCUGGCAGUGGGAGUAUGUGUUAAGGAUUACCUCCUGAAGUUUUACUUUGAGCCCACGGAUAUUCCCCUUCGACUGUUGGGAGGACUUUGCGUCAGCAAUGGGGAGGAAGAAGAUUCAGAUCACCCGGAUUUUAGAUGAGAGGAACCGACAGGUGACUUUCAUGAAGAGAAAGUUUGGUUUGAUGAAGAAGGCCUAUGAGCUGAGUGUUCUGUGUGACUGUGAGAUCGCCCUCAUCAUCUUCAACAGCUCCAACAAGCUGUUUCAGUACGCCAGCACUGACAUGGACAAAGUCCUGCUGAAGUACACCGAGUACAACGAACCCCACGAGAGCAGAACCAACUCAGACAUUUUAGAGGCUUUGUAUAAGAAGGAGCACCGAGCUUGUGACAGUCCUGAUGCUGAGUCGUCCUACAUCCUCACUCCAAGUACUGAAGAGAAAUACAAAAAAAUCAACGAGGAGUUCGACAACAUGAUGAAAAGUCAUAAAAUUCCCACAGGUCACCCACAGCAGCACUUCAUGCAUUCAGCACCAGGCAGCACAGCCUACUGUCCAGGAGGAGGAGGAGUGACCUCCCAGGCUUUAGCUGCAGCCACAGCAGUUCUGGCUGACAGUGGGAUCCUCUCCUCUCCUCACACAAAUCCCCACAGAAACACACCCUCCUCACAAAGACUUUCCAACACAGGAAGCACAGUGAAUGGAUUCGUGGGUCUGAGUGGAGCGAGCAGCUUGGGGAAGAUCAUGCCAACAAAAUCUCCUCCUCCACCACCUCCUUCUCACCCCACUCAGGGGAGCAGCCUUAUCCUUAACAGCCGUAAAACGGACCUUCGAGUGCUCCUCCCUCACUCCAAAGGAACGAUGCUGAGUAACCAGAGGCUGAGCAGCCCUCAGUCCAGUCAGCCUCUGUCCACGCCUGUGGUCUCCAUCACCACAUCGAGGCUGCCUCACCAGAGUCUGGACUACUCCAGCAUCAGCUCUGCCUAUGACAACGAUUACCCCCUGAGCGGUGCAGACAUGUCGGGCUUCAGCUCUGCGUCAGGCUCCUCUCUGGGCUCCAUGGCAGCGUGGGACCAGCACCAGCUCAGCUCUUUAGGGGCAGGAAGCUCAAGUCUCUCCAUCAUCGCCAACCACCACAUCAACAUCAAAGCUGAGCCCAUCUCGCCUCCACGCGACCACCUCAGUCAGCCGUACGGGAGCCGUGCUAACGCCCCUCCUUACCCUCCAUCUUCUGCCUCCUCCUCCACCCGAGCAGAGAUGGGCCGGUCUCCUGCAGACAGCGUCAACUCAUCCUGCAGCUCCCACGAGGACGGCAGUGACCGAGAAGAGCAGCAGCGACGCCCGGACCUCCGCUCGCUCCCUGCGGGCCGAACAGAGGGCGGGCAGAGUCCGAUGAUGAAACGGAUGCGAAUGGACAGCUGGUUGACAUAGAAACCUGAGAUCACACUUACCCCCACGGGAUCAGGACAAACACAGCAGGGACUCUUAUGCAAAUUAAAUCAUCAAAUUCAU